GCUAAUACAAACCAGUUAGCAAAACAAGGAGGGGGGCGAGGCUGAAGGGCGAGGGCGGGGCUGUUUUCCCAGGACAGACCCUGACUCCUGUCUGAAAGGGGCCGCCCUAGGGCUGGGGGCUGGGUCUGGGUCACAGCCCUCUUUCCUCCCACUUUCUGAAGCCGGAAACCUGAAUCCAGAGUUUGUCUCAGGACCUGGGGACGGAUGGUCUGGUGAGACCCAGCCUGCAGGGACUGGGCCCUGUGGCCAGUGGCCGUAAUUCAACCCAAAUGCCUGUGGCUUUGCUGUUUGGACUUUCGCUGAGGUCUGCCUGAGUAGCUGGAGCAGCUCGGCACGCAGGCUGUACUCUGUCAUUUUCAAUUUGUUUAUGCGACUCGGUGCCUUCUGUGGUGGCUGAACCCUUGUCCGCCCUCCUCGGGUGGGCAUGUUGGAAGGCCAGACUGCCUCGAUGGUGGGCACACAGGGAGGGGGGCUCGUGCCACCACAUGGCUCAGGCCACCAGUGGGCACUGGCCUGCAGGUUCCCUGGGGUGCCACUGGCCUGGGGGUGCUUCCCAGAACCAUAGGCCUGGGGCAGUCACAGACAUGCCUUGGCCCUCUUGCCGCUCAGGGGUGAGGUCGCUGUCCCUGGUCGAGGGUCCACAACAGAGAGGGGCUGGGGCUGGGCCCUCCCCUCCCUGCAGGCCCGCCAAGGAUGGGGGAGGCCAAGGGGCCUGGCAGGAGCGGAGGGGCGGGCAGUCUAGGUCUGACCCAGCCCAGGGCUCCGUGAUGUCACGCGGGUGCUGAGGAGGGGGAGGGCCAGCUGUUUUUCUGGAGAGUUGGAGCAGACAAAGCCGGGCCGCGGGGCCAGUGGGCGCCAUGGAGCUGUGUCCAGGGCUGCUCUUCUGGGUGCUGCUGCUCCUGCGGGGGUCCGCGGUCCUGCCGUCAGGUGAGUGCCCAGCCCCGCCACCCCGCCCUGCGCCGUGCCCAGGGGCCCCUCCCCAGCGCCUGCCCUUCCUGCAGGGCCGCCGGGGGGCAGCUCGGUGGUGUCCGAGUCCGCCGUGAGCUGGGCCGCGGGCGCCCGAGCAGUGCUGCUGUGCCAGAGCCCGCGCAUGGUGUGGACCCAGGACCGGCUGCACGACCGCCAGCGCGUGGUGCACUGGGACGUGGCCGGCGGCCCCGAGCGCCCGGCGCGCCGCCUCGUGGACAUGUACUCGGCGGGCGAGCAGCGCGUGUACGAGCCCCGCGACCGCGGCCGCCUCCUGCUGGCGCCGUCCGCCUUCCUCGACGGCAACUUCUCGCUGCUCAUCCGCGCGGUGGAGGAGUCGGACGCGGGGCUGUACAGCUGCAACCUGCACCACCACUACUGCCACCUGUACGAGAGCCGGGCUGUGCUGCUCAACGUCACCCAGGACCCCCGGGCCGCCCGCGCCUUCUGGGACGGCGAGAAGGAGGUGCUGGUGGCGGCGCGCGGGGCGCCCGCGCUGCUGAGCUGCGUGAACCGCGAGCACGUGUGGACCGACCGGCACCUGGAGGAGGCGCAGCAGGUGGCGCACUGGGACCGGCAGCCGCCGGGGGUGCCGCACGACCGCGCCGACCGCCUGCUCGACCUGUACGCGUCGGGCGAGCGCCGCGCCUACGGGCCGCGCUUCCUGCACGACCGCGUGGCCGUGGCGGCCGACGCGUUCGCGCGCGGCGACUUCUCGCUCAGCAUCGACCCACUGCAGCCGGCAGACGAGGGCACCUACUCGUGCCACCUGCACCACCACUACUGCGGCCUGCACGAGCGCCGCGUGUUCCGCCUGAGCGUCAUGGCGCCCGCCUCGCAGCCCCCGCGGGGCUCCCCGGGCAACGGCUCCGGUGGCGGCGCCACCCCCCGCCCAGACCCCACGCUGGCACGUGGCCGCAGUGUCAUCAACGUCAUCGUGCCCGAGGGCCACGCGCACUUCUUCCAGCAGCUGGGCUACGUGCUGGCCACGCUCCUGCUCUUCAUCCUGCUGCUCAUCACUGUCAUCCUGGUCACCCGCCAGCGCCUCCGCACAGAAGCCAGCCCUGGGGAGCGCAAACGGCCCCAAGACGAGUCUCCCCUACAGGGCUAUGAAAACUCGGAGAAGUCGAGGACGCUGAAGGGGAGGGACCUGAGUGUGGCCCACUGGACGGGGAGCUCCGGGGAGCAGGCGCCGUGCCGGAGUGAGCACAUCCCACUAGACUACAAGAACAACAUCCUGAAGGAGAGGGCGGGGCUGGCCCACAGCCCCCUGCCCACCAACACCCUGGACCUGGAUAAAGAGCUCAGAAAGGAGUACUGCAAAUGAGCCGCCCACCUGCUGCCCUCCCUGUCAUGGACCUUCGUGCCCCCUCCAGCGGCUGGCCCGCUGCCCUCAACCUGGCCAGGUCUGGCUGCAGAGCCCUCCUGGGAGCCGCCCUCCCUGCCCUGCGAGUAGGGACACCCACCAGCCUGGGACAGGAUGCAGUCCCUGCCUUGCUCUUCCCUGCCCCUGUCCUCUGCUUCCCACCCUGUCCAGGCCCCCAUUCCAGUCUGCUGUGACUCACUGAGCCCCGUGUCCUCAUGUGACUUCUGACCCUGUUCCCACCCACUGGCUGGAGUCGGGCCCCUGGUGGCAUCUGUUAGACCGAGGACAGGAUGAGGAAGGUUCUGGACAGCCUGUGUGGUGGCUCCAGUCCCUGCACCGGCUCCUCCCAGGGCCACUGGGGCCUCCCCGCCUAAUAAAGACCGGCUGAUUUCCCCUGUA